CAUGUUCUUCUCCAACCAAACCAGACCGACCAUUUAAAGGCUCUUUCUUCUUCAUGGGCCGAUCCUCUAAUGAACUCCGCUGCUUUACUCAUCAUAAUAACAAAAUCAUGAACGGAGGAAAGAACAAGCGCCCGUUUCUCUCCAUCUCAUCAAGCCUCUUCACCACCCUUUUGUUUGUCGUCCUCUUCACCGUCGCCGCCCUUCUUCUCCUUCACAGUACCCCAACCGUCACCGCCUCCCUUCCACAUAAACCCUGGACCGGAGACCUCCGCACCGCUGAAUUCGCAUGGAACCGUCUCUCCUUAGACGAGGACUUCAAUCUUCCCCCGCAGGACAUGCUAAAGAUCGCAGUUUUCUCAAGGAAAUGGCCUUCAGGAUCCACCCCCGGCGGAAUGGAACGUCACGCCCGCACCCUCCAUUCCGCCCUCGCCAGCCGUGGCCAUGAAGUUCACGUCUUCACCUCUUCCACGUCUAAACCGGUCACCAUAUCGCCUGUUCCUAAUUCCCCAAUCGUCCAUUCCCACGUAGACGAAUCCGAGCCGGGAAAGUGGCAGUACAAGAAGGCGUGGGAGCAGUACAAACUCGAGAACGGAAACGGACGCCCGUUCGACGUUGUCCAUUCUGAGAGCGUUGCGCUCCCGUACUUCAUGGCUCGACUUCUCCCCAAUCUUGCUGUAUCAUGGCACGGGAUAGCCCUGGAAAGCCUGUCGUCGGCGAUCUAUCAGGACUUAGUCCGACCGGUUGACCAACCGAUGUCGGCGGCGUUCAACGCCAGCUUACAAACGUUGAUCCCGAAAGUUCUCAAUGAAAUCAGAUUCUUCAAGAACUACCAACACCAUGUUGCUACCAGCGACAGCUCGGGCGAGAUGCUGAGAGACGUUUACCAAAUCCCUUCCAAGAGAGUCCACGUGAUCAUUAACGGGGUCGAUAACAACGAAUUCAAUUAUGAUAAAAAACAAGGUCAAAACUUUAGAACAGAAAUCGGCAUCCCGAAUAAUAACGUUACCUUGGUUUUUGGUGUAGCGGGGAGGCUAGUGAAAGACAAAGGCCACCCUUUACUAUUCGAAGCCUUUUCGAAUCUUCGAACCAAACACCCGAACAUUUACUUAAUCGUGGCAGGGUCGGGUCCGUGGGAGGAAAGGUAUAAGGAAUUGGGUGAUCAAGUGAUCAUAUUGGGAUCAUUGAAACCAUCUGAGUUAAGGGUGUUCUACAAUGCUAUCGACAUCUUCGUCAACCCAACUCUUAGGCCUCAAGGGCUUGACUUAACCUUAAUGGAAGCCAUGAUGAGUGGGAAGCCGGUGAUGGCAUCGCGAUUUCCAAGCAUAAAGGGAACUAUCGUAGUGAAUGAGGAAUUCGGGUUUAUGUUUGCUCCGAAUGCCGAGGAGCUGGAAGCGACAAUGGAGGUGGUGGUGGCGGAGGGGCCGGAGAGGAUGGCGAGGAGGGGGAAGGCCUGUAGGGAGUACGCGGCUUCGAUGUUUACGGCUAGUAAGAUGGCUUUGGCUUAUGAGAGGUUGUUUUUGUGCAUUAAGAAUGACACAUUUUGUGUCCACCAUCCACAUUCCAUUUAAUUAAUUAACUAAUUAAAUCACUCUUUACAAUUGAUCAAAAUUUAUGUUUUUAAGACCA